AUGUCGAAGCCCUGGGUAGACAAGCCUUGGCCUCUACUAGAGACGCCCUCCAAAACGCAAGAUACGAAAAGUCAUGCGGCGAUCCACAUUGCCGACGAUAUGGCGCAGGUCCACAAUGUGCUGAUACGCGGCAUAAACUCCAUAUACCUACAAGCCAAACAAGUCCCGGCCGGCAACGGCACCGACGCUGCAGAUUUUCUAUUCUACAUACACUGCUACUGCGACUUGCUGGAGUUACAUCACGAGGCCGAAGAAGAGUUUCUCUUCCCAGAAAUUACAAAGCUUGCUGGGAAGCCCGAACUAUUUCAGCAGAGCAUCGAACAGCACCACGAUUUCACGGACGGGGUGCGCCGUCUUCACGAGUAUGCUAAAACAACAUCGCCAACAGAGUACUCAGGGGUACAGGUCUGUAGUAUUAUCGAAAGCUUUACGGAUGCUCUCCAAGUGCACCUGAAAGCGGAGAUAUCCGAUUUGUUGAGCCUAAAUUAUCUGGACGAUGCGAAGCUAAUGGACAUCUUCAAGAGGAGUGAGAAAGCCAAGAAGCCAGCCAAGUCCGAUGAGAUGUUCCCACUAUUUUUCGGUCUUGUAGAUAAGGACUAUGAAGGUGGAAUCCAUCGUUUUCCAGCUGUUCCGGGGUUUGUUUAUUAUCUUGUGCGCUACUGGUUUGCACGGAAGCAUGCUAGUUCAUGGCGAUUUCUGCCAUGCGACUUCUGGGGUCAGCGCCGGGAGUUGGCGUUUGCAUAG